AUGGCGAACCUCGCCCUGCUCUCUCUCGUGCUCCUCCGCCUCUUCGUCGUGCAAGCAGGCGGCGGCGGCGGCGGCGUCGACGACGGCAUCGGCGACGACGGGAGCUUAUUCACGGCGUGCCUGGCCGCGGCUGGCGUGGGCAACGUCACGACGCGGCAGUCUCCCGCUUACGCCGCCGCGCUCCUCGUGUCCGUCCAGAACCUCCGAUUCGCGGGCGCGGGCGCGCCCAAGCCCACGGCCGUGGUGGUCCCGGCGUCGCUCCAGGAGCUCCGCGACUCCGUGCGGUGCGCGCGGGCGGCUGGGCUGGUGCUGCUCCUCCGCAGCGGGGGGCACAGCUACGAGGGCCUCUCCUACACCACCACCACCGAGGACGACGACGGCCGCAGCAGCGCGUUCGCCGUCGUCGACCUCGCCGCGCUCGACCGCGUCGACGUCCACGUCGACGCGGACCGCCGCGCCGGCACCGCGUGGGUGCAGUCCGGCGCCACGCUGGGGCAGACGUACCACGCCGUGGCGGCGGCGAGCGGCCCGGCGCUCGCGUUCUCCGCGGGGUCGUGCCCGACGGUCGGCUCGGGCGGGCACAUCGCGGGCGGAGGGUUCGGCCUGCUGUCCCGCAAGUUCGGCCUGGCGGCCGACAACGUCGUGGACGCCGUGCUGGUCGACGCCGCGGGGCGCGUCCUGAGCCGCGCGGGGAUGGGCGAGGACGUGUUCUGGGCGAUCCGCGGCGGCGGGGGCGGCACCUGGGGCGCCGUGUACGCGUGGCGCGUCCGGCUCAGCGCGGUCCCCGAGCGCGUCACCGCGUUCGUCGUCAACCGCCCGGGCUCCGUCCGGUCGGUGGCGUCGCUGGUGUCGACGUGGCAGCACGUCGCGCCGUGGCUGCCCGACGAGUUCUACGUCUCCGCGUUCGUCGGCGCGGGCUUGCCGGAGCUGAAGAAACUGAACCGGACCGGCAUCUCCGUCACGUUCAAGGGGCUGUACCUCGGACCGGCCCACGAGGCGCUGCAGAUACUGACGGCAAGGUUCCCGGAGAUCGGGCUGUCGGAUCUGGACCCGCGAGAGAUGAGCUGGAUCGAAUCCGUGGUGUUCUUCUCGGGUCUGCCCGAGGGGAGCACGGUGUCGGACCUCACGGACCGGGUGCUCCACCAGAAGAACUACUUCAAGGCCAAGUCGGACUACGUGCGCCGUCCGAUGACCCUGGACCAGCUGAUCAGAGCCAUUGGCCUCUUGUCGGAGCAGCCCAAGGCGUACGUCAUCUUGGACCCGUACGGUGGCGCCAUGGAUCAGGUCGGGUCCGGUGAUCUCCCGUUCCCGCAUCGCAAAGGUAACAUCCAUGGCAUCCAAUACCUAAUCGAAUGGACGGCUGAUGACGAUGAUCACAAGGAGGAGUACAUGGAUUGGUUGCGCGGGUUCUACGACUUCAUGGGAGAGUAUGUGCCAAAAAAGCCACGAACCGCAUACAUAAACUACAUGGACCUUGAUCUUGGAACCAACAACUGGUUCGCCCACCGAGCUGCCGGCGACGUCGAUGAGAGCCCGAACCCAGAAGUGGAGGCGGCACGGGUGUGGGGCGAGAGGUACUUUUUGGGAAACUACGACCGACUGGUUCGAGCAAAGACAUUGAUUGACCCAAAGAACGUGUUUCGCAACGCGCAGAGUAUCCCGCCACUUGGAGGCGCUCAGGGCAUGACUAGGAGCACACGUGGCAUCUCGCCCAAGGUCACAUCCAAUGGAAGCACGCACGAUAGCUAG